AUGCCGCCGAAGAAGCGUUGUAGAAGCAGCCCAAAGAAGGAUGAGGCCUCACAGGAGUUGGAGGCCGCACACAUCACGUCUCCCUCCAGCAGCAGCAGCAUUGAUCAACAAGUACCAAUAGCAACAAAGUCCAUAACAACAACAACAACAACAACAACAACAAGAGCUGCAGCAUCAGUAGUAUUAGUGGCAUCCGGUAAUGCCGAGAAGCCUGAACAGCAGCAGCAGCAGCGACAAAAACUCCCUUCUGAUUUGGAGGGUGUUGUGCUGCGUUCUGCGGUGAUUGCCCCUGAUGUUGUUGGUAUUCGCUGUGUUGCGGUUCACCCGAAUGAGCGAGAGAUGGUGAUAGUUCGCGAGAAUGGAUCUAUGGUAUUAUACACCAUUGAUACCUUUCAAAACGUCCCACACUUUACACAAAUUCGACACACGGGUGGACAAGCCAAUCGUACAGUAACCCGAUUGCGGUAUUUACCAAAUACACGUCCACUGUUGGUGGCUUCUUAUCUCUCUGGACAACUUGUGAUCUACUGCGGUACAACACUCGCCCCAUUGUAUGUUCAUCAACGCAGUGGUGGUGCUGUGUGGGAUUUCUGCAUUGCCGGCUCCAUGUUGUUUGCCGCGAUGGGCGAUGGGGCAUGGCAACAACUGCAGGUAGAGAAUACUAAUAAUACUAAUAAUAAUAAUAAUAAUACUCAACGGCCUACAUUGGUGCUACGCCGUAUUAUUCCAAAGGUUUCUGGUGCGGAUCGUGCGUUAAGUGUAUGUUGUGCCGUACAGUAUGGAAUUGCAGCAGGAACUGAUGAUGCGGGAAAUGUAAUGGCAUGGCGACUACCGCGAGAUGCGAUGGAAGAGAAUAAUACUGAUAAUGAUAAUAAUAGUGGGAUGGAUGGACGACCCAUGGGUCUCAGUGAUCAUGAAACCUUAUGGACCAGUCGUUUACCAAAAGGAAUGGCCCUAUGCUGUGCGAUUAGCAACAGUGGAAAGAAGAGAGGACCUGUGGUGGCUGUAGGCACAUCCAUGGGAGAUGUGGUGUUCUUUGAUGCCCAGCAUGGACAUAUUUUACAUACCUUCACACAUCAUAAAGGACCCAUCAGUACACUCGUAAGCAGCAGUAAUCCUAAUAAAAUUAUAAAAAAUAAUGAAAUAGAAGGAGAUGUAUUGUAUGCUUCCGGUUGGCAUGAAUCUCUACGUUCCUACCGUUGCAAUGCGGAUGGGGAAUGGUACCCGGCGGAGGUUAAACGGCGUACACAUUAUCAUGAAGCCAGUGAAUUAGUGAUAUUACAACAACAUCAAUUAAUUCUUUCCUCCUCACGAGAUGGUACGAUUAUGUAUGCCCCAUUGGCAUCUGUAUUUAAAUCCCCAGCCAUGUAUGUACCAGUCACUACACAACAAUUCGCCUUUGCCAAAUCAAAGAAUGUUCUUUUACAAACUCGUCGUGGACGUAUUGAGGCAUUCCGCACAGAUGCGGCAUUACGUCAUUGGACACCACUCUUUGCACAUAAAAUUCACGGCAAGUUUCAUCUGCAGGGAAUGUGGUGUGAUGCCAAACUACACUAUAUACUCUUCACUACAGAUGCUCGAGCCACACUACUGCGUGUCUGCUGGAGAGAUGGGGCUGAAGAUGCCUUGGCGCUUCAUCGCAUUGAAGAAGUCCUCGGAGGAAUAUCUAUUGGCUACGGGGUAUUGGACUGUUGUUUCAUUGUACACAAUAAUAAUAAUAAUAACACCACCACCACCAAUAACAAUAAUAAAAAGAAAAAGAACAAGAACACAAAGAAGAGUGAGAAUGAGAAUGAAGAGGAGAAGGAUAAUGAGAACACUGCUCCACUGGAAAGCUGUUAUUUACUGUUAGAUGACAGUAUUGUUCACAUCACACUCGCGGCUGGAUAUCCUGUUGUAUCUACCGCUAUGCAAUUAAGAGAUGAUGGAGAAACGGUAAGCAACAUUCGCCCCACUCGACUCUUAUUUGAUGAAAGUAAUAGUACCAUCACUGUAUGUGGUCUGCGGGGGAGACUCACAUGUGAUGUUGCCCCAGAUGGUACUAUAGAUCCCAACAGCUUUACAUUGGUGCGGGAACCCACGAGAAUGGCAGCAUCUGUACCGAUGCUUAUUCGUCGUAAUAAGGAUGAUGAUGAGGAUGAGAAUAAUAAUAAUACUAAUAAUAAUAAUAAACAAGAAGAAGAAAGAGAACAGACUAUUGUAGCGCUUAUGGGUAAUGAGCGAUUUAUGGCUGGACUUGGAACAUCAAAUCCAUGUCUACUUCCACGUACACUUCCACACGAUGUGCAAUUCAUUGCCCGUCUUCCACCGCUAUGCAAUGAUGAUAAUGAUAAUGAUAUUAAUAAUAAUACUUCUGCAGAUAUCACAAAGAAACACGAUCAAUUUCGUUUUCUCGCCAUCUUCUCACGUGGAUUGCUGUACGUUACGGAGAAUGCCUGGCAUAUGGUCCAGCGCUGUACAGUGGAAGCCGCCUUUGUGCUGCGGGGGGAUGAUCGUGUCUUGGUGCUAUUGCGCAAUAUUGAGGGAACACUGGAGGCCCUCCCAAUGUGUUGGAAGGUCCGACGCUUUGGUAACUAA